GCGAACUGACGCGGAACGCCUUUUCUGAUCCUUCAAGGCGAGAAAACUGUACGUAGAUGAUAUUUUGAAUGUGUCAAUAUGAAUACAUGGGCCAAAAAAUUGACCAUUUGCCAAGUGCUGUUGGUUGCUGCAAUUCUUUUAUUAAUAUUCAAAAGAAGAUACAUUACUUACACCAUCAAUUAUGCCAGACUGAUCAUAGAUGCAGUUGCAAAAGACCAACAAAGAACAGAGGACAACUCCUUUCUGUUGGCAAAGAUAGAAUGGGAUUACCAUCGAUUACAGGUACAAUAUAUGGAGAAAAUUUGUAAGAACAGAGGACUCGUUGACAAGGAUUAUACCUGGUUGACAGCCCUGGUAAAUGAUGAGUACGUUCUUCCUGGUAUUGUACUGGGUCAUUCCAUCAGGACUCUAUCUUGUGUCAGAAACAUGCUUGCUCUGGUCUCUGAUGAAGUCGGUCGCUCUGGACUUGAAGCGUUAGCUAAGGUGGGAUGGGAUGUAAAGGUCGUAAGCGCAAUGGAUUGUCGUUGGAUGGAACGAAGACUGGGUCGUAUGCCUUCCGGUAAGGGAAUACUCGGAACGCACACACGGUUCCAUGCGUGGAAUUACACACAGUAUUCUAAGAUCAUCUACACUGAUCCUGAUUACAUGCUGUUGACAAAUAUCGAUGAACUCUUCGAAGUCCCAGCAGAUUUUGCAGCAACCUACUGCGCUAGGCCAGGCAUUGUGGACCCGUGCUUUAAUGCAGGUUUGUUAGUUUUUAGACCAGAUUUUUACGAUUACGAAAACAUCAUGAACAUGUGGAAAACAAUCUCAGAGGAGAGCUGUCCUAAUGACCAGGUACUUCUAUGGCACUACUACGCCGAUAGAGGAAGAUGGAAGCCAUUAUCAUUUGCAUACAAUGUAAGAAGAGUUAUCCAUCGUCCAAUCAAAGCCUUUCAUUUUGCUUGCUGUCCUCCGCCCAAGCCGUGGAAGCAGAGAUGCCGCCCAAGUCGAGAUGAAGCGAGAAGUUAUGAUCAUCCAAUCACGAAUGUAAGAGAGGUGUCCUUAGUGUAUUGGAAGAAAUUCUAUGAAGCACUGAAGACUUACCAACUAGAAAACUGGUGGAAAAAUACCAAGUACUACAAUCCCGAGGUUGAAUUUGGAAAACGUCUGUAUCGAGAGUGCUGGAAGGAGGAAUAAGAUCGAGGAAUACUAGCUAACAGAUUGAGAAUUGAUGUCGCAAUAAUAUUUAUUGAAGAAAUAGAAAACGCGCACGCGUUGUGCCUACGGUUAUAAAGCCAAAUUUGUUGUGCAAGGUCAUGGGAGUGAUAUAAUAUAACUCCGCGUGCAACUACAAGAAAUAGAAAACGCGCACGCGUUGUGCAUACGGUUAUAAAGCACGCGGGGGUUGGCAGAAUACAAGGAAGUGUUUGGAGAAGCACGACGCAACUGAAAGUGCUCGCUCGUGCUGUGUGCUCUCAUAAAGUACGCGCUCCCAACCAAUCAGAACGCGAGAUUAAUAACAGUUAUUCUAUAUAUACAGUGCAGUAAUACGGACUCGAUUCGACAUGAGCAGAAAUUUGUUGUGCAAGGUCAUGAGAGUGAUAUAAUAUAACUCCGCGUGCAACUACAAUUUUUUUUGCGCAAUGAGACUAAUAUCAAUUUGAAAGUAAUGCAGCAUUGUUUAUUGAGCGAUUGUUGCGCAAACAAAAUUUCUUGUAAAUUUUUUAAGAAGUCGGUUUGCUGCACUCUCAAACUGUAGCGAAUGAAUUAAGUUCGUUUGCAGACGAAGUGCGCGACAAUUAGAGCGUGAUUUUGCUGCCAUCGUUUAUCUUUACAUCUUCUCGCUUAGAGCGGUUUUUGAGCGAUGCUUCAAUUUCAUAGCACAUACACGCACAUUCCAUAACAUUUGAAUGGCUUCCCAUUCUCGGUUUCAGCAAUUCAUCCAAUCGCAGCGCGUAGUUAUGGCUACAGUAAAAUACAGUACUUCUGCAGCACGGCUACCUCUAAGAGUAUAAUUACUGAUAUUAUCAAAAUCCAUUGUUUUCAGUCUGCAUUAUCCCAACGAAUGCAUAGAGGAAAAUCAGACAUAUUUAGUUCAUUCAUUAUUGGCUUUGUUUCUAUGAUAAACAAGCUAGAAAGAAAACAAUUGGAUUUUGAUAAGAACAAUAAUUAUACUAGAUAAUUACUUCGGCACGCAGCAUUCGUAGGUAUAAUGCAUUAUACCUACGAAUGCUGCGUGUCUCAGUAAUUAUCUAUUAAAUGUCGUAUUAUGUUCAUUGCUGUAUGUUUAUCACUCAUGCGAUAAGCAUUCUUAUGGAAAGCGAUUUCGAUGUUACGGUAUGUCCUACCGUGUACUUGUUGUAAGUCGGUACCGUAUGUUUCCCACUCAUUCACAAUCGCAAUUCGAAUAAUAAGCUUGACAAUUUUGUAUAGUAAAUAAAUAUUCGCCCUAGUUUAGCUAAUAAUUCCAGCAUGGUAUCACCUAAGAUAUUUAAAUUGUUAUUUAUUGAUGUUAUUUAUACGAGGCAUGCUAGUGCCAUUAUUGAGGUAUUGAAGGCAAGGUUGGAGCAUGAAAAUUAUAUCGUAUUUAUUGUGCAUUAUUUAGCACCUUUAUAAAACUUUUUUGAACUUUACGUCUAUAAAAUCGUAUCGUAAUGUUUACUUCAAAUUUGUAUAUUUAAUUGAAUUUAAUUAACAGUUCUUGCGCAUUUAUUUACUUUGUGACUCGAUCACUUCUCCCGGUUGUACGAAGGGUGGCCAUGGAUAACGCUCUCUGACUGAUAAAUUUUCUUAUCCACAGUGGAUAAAUUUAUUGGACAAAACCAUCGACUUUUUUAAUUCUUAUCCACUGGAUAAGGAUUUAUCCGUUGGAUAGCGCUAUCCAUCCUUCGUACAACCGAACCUAGAUGUUCAUUUUGGGGCGCGCGCUUUUGCGGUUAUGGCGAUGUAAUGAACUUCACAUCCAGUGAAAGGUCUUUUUAGAUUAUCAAAAUGUUCCUUUCAAUGGAUGUGAAAAAGUCAUGGUGUAAUGAACUUCACAUCCAGUGAAAGGACCAGGAAAAUACACUUGAUUUUUCCGA